AUGCAACAGCGCAAAUAUUUUAUGAAGACCUUCCUAGUGCUGGCGUUAUUUUCCAUCAGUUACACCGUUACCAGCCUUUACAUUUUGUACUCUCAGAACAAGUCCGUUCUACCCGCCUUCUUUUACGCAAAGGACUACAUACCGGAGUACAUCUCUUGUUCCCAUCCGAAAACUGGCAAUUAUCUAAACUUGAUCGACGCAAAUCCGAAGCCGUCAAACUCAAUUUUCUUCCACGAAACAACUUGUGUUAACUAUUUGAGGUAUCGUGACGCAUGCUCAAUCGAAUCCGCGGCUAAAGCUCACCCUGAGAAACAAGUUUAUGUAAUAUUCGUUAGUUCUCUGAAAGAAAGUGACUGCAAAAGUGGCGUUAUAGCCGAACUGGCGACGUUACCGAACGUACACUUCUACAGAAUGGACUUAAAAAACUAUGCUCUUAACACGCCGCUUGACAAUGUAUCUCUGCUCCGUCUAAUUUGGCUUGGCAAAUGGAAUAAUAUGAAAACUAGGGAGUUAAUUAAGGCUCUGACGUUGUACAAGUUCAGUGGGACUGUUAUAGAUCUGGAUGUUAUGGUGGUGGGUAACUUGGACAAGUUGGGAGAUGCGUGGGCGUCGACGGAUGGCGAUAGCUUUGGAUCGUCGAUUAUUUCUGUGGCUCGCGGUCUGUCGGGGAUGUAUUAUUCGAGACAUUUUUUUAGGACUCUAAAGCAGAACAUCGCAAAGGACCUCGCAUUGAGUGUGGAGUCGCCGCUGAAGGCGUCUCUACAGUUGCUGUGCAACACCACUAACAUUACUGAGAUGACGCGGGAGCAGUGCAAUGGUUUCCAAGUCUACAGUUCCGAAUUCUUCAGCGCCAAAACCCAUAGCUCCAACUUGAAACCCAGCGCCACUUCAGGCUACCUCGGUUACUACCUCUGGAACGAGCUCUAUGGCAACCACACUGCAACCAUGCCCAAAGACUCGUUAUACGCCAACCUGGCGAAGGAGUAUUGUCCUAAGAUUUACAGUAAAUUUAUGGACACUGAGGGGGAGGCCAUUCACUUGGAAAAGCUUUCGGAAAGUUCGGCAUUGGUUGAAAAAUAG